AUGACCGAGGAAAGAAACGAGUUGAGGGUGAUCAUGACUCCACCUUUACACUGGGGUUUCCUCCUCCUCUGCAUCCAGCUAGUGUCCAGUGGCAACCAAAGCUCCCGAGGACAGACAGGGUCAUCGCAGGAGAGGACAGGAACCUGUGAAGUGGUGGCUGCCCAUCGCUGCUGCAACAAGAACAAGAUUGAAGAACGCUCUCAAACAGUCAAGUGCUCCUGCUUCCCAGGACAGGUAGCGGGGAAAACAAGGGCUCUGCCCUCUUGUGUGGAAGCCUCUAUUGUGCGUCAGAAGUGGUGGUGUAAAAUGGAGCCUUGUCUGGAGGGGGAGGAGUGCAGAGUUCUCCCUGACCUGACUGGCUGGUCAUGCAUCUCUGGGAACAAAGUGAAGACCACAAAGGUGAGGAGCGGGCCUGCGUGGCGCGGUAGCGACGCUGAACCUCCGUCUAAUCAGCUGAGACCCGGCCUGGCCUGCUGCUCUCCAGCCGGAUAA